AAAAAUAUUAUUUCUAGGGCCACAGUAAACGCUCCUUUAAUGAAAUUAACUGGUACUCCUUCAAACUCAGACAUCGGAAAUUUCACAAUAAACUUCAAAGUUUAUGAUGCCUACGGAAAGGAGACUACUUACACUAUAAAUCUUGAGAUUAGCUUUAAUAAUGCUCCAGUGUAUACAGGGCCUACUAAAUUAGAAUAUGAUGGAUUUGGACUUCAUCCAUUUUCUCUGAAUUUAAGCACAAUAUUUAAUGAACCUGAUACAGAAGAUCUAACUUGGACUUUAACAUCUGUUCAUGGAUAUCUAACUUGGCUAUCGGUUGACAACACUACUAAUAUACUAUCUGGUACUCCUACCUACAAAAACUUUAACUAUAGCCUAUCUCUGAUUAUUAAUGCUUUUGAUCCAAAGGGUCUGACAGUGACUAAACAGAUGCACUUUAACAUAAAAUCCAAUAAAUAUCCUACUCUGAUUGGGGUUCCCUCAACUACUAUAAACUGAUAUGAAGGUGUUCAAUGAGACUAUGAUUUUAGCGCAUACGCAGUGGAUGAAGCUGGAGAUACCAUCCAGUAUAAUGAUACUUAUUCUAGUCCUACUAUGGGCUGAAUGACCUUUGAUAAAGCUGCCGGUACUUUCUCAUGUAUGCCUACAACUUCAGAUGUGUCUGGUUCUGUUUAUUAUUUGUAUGUAUAUACUAAUGAUCAAUACAAAUCUUACAAUGGAAAAACUUAUAAAACUUUUUAUAUUUAUAUUAGGCCGAAUAGAGUUCCUCAAUUAAAUACUGCAUUUCCAAAUUUGACUUUUGUUGCUGGAGAAAGCAUAAGUCAUACAUUUGCAGCUGAUAUGUUUGUUGAUCCUGAUGGAGAACCAGUGACGUAUACAAAAUCAUAUCCAAUAUCAGACCCUUCAAGCUGGCUAUCUUUUGAUAGUUCUACUCGGACUUUUAGUGGAGUUCCCACAGUAAACUCUGCUGUUGGGACAUAUAAAGUUACUAUAUACGCGAAUGAUAAUAACACAAAUUCAGCAGCAGGAACUACCAACUUUACAAUAACCAUAACUCAAAACUACAUUCCUCAACUAGACCAAGGUUUACCAGCUGCUACAGCAGUUCCCACAUUCUAUGAAUUCACCUAUACAGUCCCUACAGAUGCUUUUAAAGACAUUGAAAACGACUCUAUAACCAUUAGAGUAGAACUAGUCCCUCCAGAAUUUACAGUGACUUACACUCCUGGCGACAGAACAGUCCGAGGAACUCUCACAGACAACACAAAAUUUGGAGACUUCAUCUUAAAGUUCCAUGUUGAAGAUAGCUGGAAUAUCUCAACAUUUACAGAAAACUUGCCUAUUAGAAUAAAUGAAAACUUUCCUCCAGCAAUAGACUUUAAUGCUCCAGAUCCUUCAUGAAUAAUUUCCCACUAUGCACUUGAUUACUCAGUUGCAAAAUCAUCCUACUCUGAUAAUGAGGGAGAAAGUUUAUCAUUCAGCCAUAGUGUGAAUGAUGCAAAAGGAGCAUGGAUUUCUUUAUCUGAGAAUACCACACACCUCUUAUUCUCUGGGACCCCAGACAAUACUCAGUUUGGAAAUUAUACGCUUUCUAUAAUUAUAAAAGAUUCUAAUCCAAGUGUAAGCCCCAGUGAAGAUAAUGUGACUGUAUGAGUAACAGAAAACAAAGUUCCUUACUUAAGUGGAACACCUACUUCUCCUUCCAGUGUUAUUGUAGGGUUUCCCUUUACUUAUCACUUUGAUCUGAGUUGGGUUGGUGAACAUGAGAGUGAAGCCCUGACCCACCAGUGAUCUAUCAACCCAUCUCCUGGAUGGAUAACAUGCAGUCAAAAUACAACACAUGUUUCAUUUACUGGGACUCCUAAUUCUAAUUCUCUUGUUGGACAGUAUGAACUAAGUAUCGACAAUAUUGAUCCCCAUGUUGAUGUUAAUAAUUACACUUGGACAAUGAAUUUUACCGUAAAUACAAAUCACCCGACAGCAAUAAGCUCUGUAGAAAACAAAGAAUUAUUAGUUCCAGAUCCAUUGAUAUGGAGCUAUGGAGCAGGAGUUGCUAGUGAUCCUGAAGGCCUUUCUUUCACUAACUCAAUAAAAUUCAAUGGUAGCACUACCAUUCCUUCAUGGUUGAUUAAUGACCCUGAUACUUUUAGCUUUAGUAUUGCAUCAACAACAAAUUCUCUUGUAGGAGUUCACACAAUAUCAUUAGUUACAGAUGAUGGAUUUAAUACACCAACUGAGAGAGAUUUUACGCUAACAAUAAAUGAGAAUACAGCUCCCAUUAAGAACCAAGUUCUUGAUAACCAAGCAGUUGUUAAUUUCAAUUACUUACAUUUUGUAAUGAAUCCAGUAGAUGUAUUAUUCACAGACCCAGAUGGUAGAGCAAUGACAUCAAAAAUCAGACAAGCAAAUGGAGAUCCUCUCCCCUCUUUUUUGACUUUUAACAUGCUGAAUAACACUUUGUAUGGUAUUCCGCUCGGCUUUCAUGUUGGAGUCUGGAAUCUAGAGUAUGUAGCUGUUGAUGAUUACAAUCUUGAGGGAUUUAUUUCAUUCAAAGUAACAGUAAAGCCUUGUUAUUUCAAAUGAAAUAACUGCACAACAGAUGAUUUCAACCAAUGACUCUCCUGAUAUUCAGGAUAUUUCCUUCAGUAUAGACAAUGAAAAACCGAGUGAUCUGGAGCAUACUGGGCAAAUACUCUCACCGAUCAAUGUGAACAGUGUCAUUCAUACUGCUCUCUUUGUAAAGAUGAUACAAGUUCAAACUGCCAAGUUUGAUCAGAAGGUUAUUUCUAUCUAGAUAACUCCUGCUAUCAAACAUGUCCAGAUGGGUAUUAUGGAGAUACUGCUGGCUGGACUUGAAAGACUUGUCAUGAAGCAUGCACAAAAUGCUUUGGACCUGAGAGAACUGAAUGCACAGAAUGAAACAAUACUCUGCUUUACUCUUUGACAGAGACAACUUGUAACAAGGUAACCUGAGUAUCAGGUCAUUACCUCAAUACUACUGAUUUGUCCUGCUAUCCCUGUGGCACUGGUUGAGACGUAUGAGAGUAUCCUGAUGUUAACACUUGUUUGACGUGAAAUAGCAUUUACAAGAUGCUCACUCCUGGUGCAUGCACUCAUUGAAAUAGUGUAACAGGCUACUCUCUCAAUGAUUUUGGAGUUUGCAAAGAAAUUUGUGGAGAUGGCAUGUUUUUAGGUGAAUAUGAAUGAGACGAUGGUAAUCUUGAAAACCUUGACGGAUGUUCAAAUAGCUGCGAAGUGGAAGUUGGGUAUAAAUGUAGUGGCACCACCUGAUAUGAAAUUAUAAGCCCAACAGCAAUUGUUUCAAGAGUUAGUUCUGAAAAUAUAUGCACAUUGACUUUCAGUGAGCCAGUAAAGUUUAGUGAUUUUUAUGCUUUUAAUAACAGUUUAAAAGCAUACAUAAAAGGGCCUAAGUCUCCCUACACUUUUAGUUACUCCAUAGCUGAUUCUGAAACUCUCAAACGAGCGAAAAACUUCACCUCGAUACAAGUUAAUGUGCAUGAUAUCUUGGCAAGAAUUGAAGGAGGAGGCAUUGAAAAGAUAGAAUUCUGGUUCCAGAAUCUCACAGCCCUGACUGACAUUACUGGAAAUAUUAUGACUGAAGGAAGAAUUUCAGGCAAUCUUAAUUUUUACGAUUAUAUUUCUCAAGGAGAGAAAGAAAGCGCUGAAUCUGGAGGAAACAGCAUGAAGUAUAUGCUAAUGACUAUGUUCUCAACUAAUUUAUUGUUGAAAAUCGUAAUAUCAUCAUCCGCAGCACUGAUGUGGUCACUGAUCCAUGCUCUUCAAGUCUUUAGGUAUAUCCUCAUGAUCAAUAUUGAAAUGCCAAAGGUGGUAGAUAUCUUAAUGAAGUACCUUGCUGUGGUUAUCGGAGAAAUUGAUGAUAUCGAAGCCAUGCUACCAGACUGGUUCUCUCAGUAUGUUGUUAAUACAACUGAUCUUUCUGUCAAUGUAACUUUGUAUGAUCGAUUCGAAGCCAAUGGAUAUGACACUCCAUUUUUAGCAUUGCUGUUCAGUAAACAGAUGACAAUCAUCUUCGGGUCAUUUUUGAUUUCUCUUCCAAUUGUUUAUUUUGGAAAGAAAUAUCUUAAAAAGAUUCCGUCAAUUAACAGAAAAAUGAAUGAGAUUUGGACUAGCUUCUUUUGGAAUGCUCCAUUGAGAACAUUCUCAGAGUUAUAUAUUGAGAUAUGUCUUGCUUUCUUCCUGAAUACUCUGAAUAUCCAAUUCCUAUCUACAAGCGGAAUAAUUUGAACAUCAAUAAUGUAUGCAGUUGCUGUAUUUGUACUCGUGUGGCCUUUUGUUCUGCUUAAUAUUAUCUCAACACCUCCAAAGAUUCUUAAAAAGCCAGAAUUUAACGACAAGUAUGGAACCCUGACUGAAGACUUCAUGCUUUCAAGGACAAUGUAUCACAGGAGCUAUUACAUCAUUUUUUGAUUCCAAAGGCUUCUAAUUGCAGGAAUAUUAGUCAUGAUAUAUGAAAAGCCUGUAUUACAAAUUUUCCUGUGCUUCGCAAUGCAGAUAGCUAUGAUUGGAUAUCUCAUGAAAGUCCGGCCGUUCAAGGAAGAAUUACAACAAGUAAUCUGUGUAUCUGACGAGUUCACCAUUGUCUUUGGUGUGAUAGUCCUUUACAACAUGUACAGAAAUCAAGCCAAUGUGGAUACCAACAAGAAACUUGCAUUCUUACUGAUUGGGGUGAUACUUGUCAGUCUUCUCAAGAACUUCACUGCUAUUUUUUAUAUUUCUAUCAAGAAUGGAUAUCUAAAAUGAAGAAACUCGAUCAGGAAGCGGAUCAAACAUGAUGAAAAGAAAAAGAAGAGACUCAAGAAAGAAGCACUCAAGAAAUUAGAGAAACUGAGAAAACAAAGGGAGGAACAAGAUCUACUAGAAAAUGGAGUUACUUUCGAUACAAGGCAUUUUGGAGGCCCAAAUUCAUCAUCAAAAUUAAUUUCUUCCCAAAACAAUAAACUGAACGAAAAGUUAUCUCAAACUUCAGAAUUUAAAGAGGAAAAUAUUCCGCAUAACAUACGCAUAAGAAACAUGCUAGAAGAAAAGAAACUUGAUGUAGUUAUUGAAGUAGACGAACUCAGUUCUAACUCUUUGUCUCAAAUCUCAGAAAGCUCUUCAAAAGAGACCGAAGAAGAAAAGAACGUUACCUCAGGUCCUGAACCUGAGCCACUUGCAAAACCUCACUCUCAAUCCUUUGACCUUCCUUCUUUCUCCGCAAAAGUCACUCCUCCUCAUCGGCCUAACACAAGCUUGUUGCCAGAUGCUCCUCCUCCCUCUGAAAGUCCGAAGCUGAGCAAGAUCGAAGAAGUCCAAAAAGAAGAAGACAUCAAGGAAAGUGACCUUGCCUCUGGAGUGAGAAUGGCCAACCACUUUUACGAGUUUGAAUAAGAUUAUCAGGUUUUAAUAUCGUUCACUGAAUAUCAAUGGGCUCGAGGGAAAAGUUGUUCUGCCUCUGUGGUUCGUUUGUUCUGCCUCUGUGGUUCGUUUGUUC